AUGAAUGGGCCGCGCCCCUCGACUCGCGUGUUCCUCUCCGAUCUCUCAUCUCUACAGGCGGACUCGAAGAUCCGCUUUCUUGGCUGUGUGACACAUUAUACCAUCACUACCGGCCAUUUGAUAUUGGAACACAACUAUCCACGCAGCAAGACAGCUCCAAGCUCUGUAUCUGUCGACAUCAAUGCCCUCCUUGAGGACCUGACGGCCGAAGAAUUGCGCGUAGGAACAUGGCUGAAUGUUGUGGGCUAUGUUAGAGAGUCGGAGUCGAUGCCGCCACUAUCGCCUCCAUCUUCAUUCCCUUCGACUCCCGGCGACGCGAAUCGGCCAAACCAGAGGCCUGAUGCGAUCCCACCUCGUCCGGUGUAUGUCGAGGCGAUUAUGGUUUUUCCGGCGGGAGCUAUUUCCAUCGGGGAGUAUGAGCGAAUCCUUUGCAAUUCUCAGCAUGUCGAGCGGAUGAUACAGUUCACCCAUUAA